AUGGAGGCUACUUCUUCGACCAGUAAACCAGUUGUUGACCGCGGAAAGACGGCUCCGUUUCUCAUACGGACCUUCAUCAAGAUUGGAGGUUUCCAUAGGUUGCAGCUGUUUGAGGAUGGGGCCCUCCCUACGACGGACGAACAGCAGAUAUUCACCUGGAAAGAUGCGACGUUGCGGGAGGUGUUGACCACGCUUCGCAAUACCGCGCCCACUCAGAUCGAAUACCGCCAUCCUCUCGGACGGUACUCCUUCCGCGCCGUAUACGCAGAUCCCAGCGCUCGCGGACGCUUCGCAAGCAAGGAACUCGGCACAGUGUACUCCCGCGACAUUCUGGGCGAACCUGGCUCACUCAACACGACAGCACCGCGCCUCCUAGAAGACUACGAGCCAGGAACAGCACCAGGCGUCGAGGAGGGCACAGAGAUGGAGGACGCUACGACUAAAGCGACGAGGGAGCUCACUGAGAGAGAGAAAGACGAGCGCUUGGACGAACUGCGCUUCGUACCUGGCGACUACCUUUGCUUGUCGGUGAUCCUGCCCAAGAAUCUCACUGUGCCGACUCCCACGGGCGAGCUCGCGAUUAAAGGCGCCGCACCGGCUGGUGCAAACGGAAAGGACUGGAAGGCCAGCGCGCCUGGCGGUAGAGGCGACGGAGGAUGGGGAGGCUCGCUUGGAACUGCGGGAGGACCGCCUGGAGGGCUUGGGCGAGGCGGAGGGCACUGGAGAGGCGGAUCAGAUGCCCCAGCGCCAAGAGGAGGUGGAAGGGGAGGCAGAGCCGGUGGAGAUAGGGAGAGGCUCAGGGACGAAAGGGUGCCGCCGCCCAGACGGCGAGAGUCGCCUCCGCCUCCACGCCGAGGCGGUGGUGGUUGGGGCGAUCGCGGAGGUCGAGGAGGCAGGGAUAGGCCCCGGUCGAGGUCACCGCGAUCUCGUAGCCCCCUUCCUAGGAGACGCUACGAUUGAGGGGAGGCGUCAGACGGAUUGACGUUAAAAGGAUCCCGUAGUUCAUGAUCAGUACUCAGUACCGUAUGUGCUUUGCAAGUCUUUCUUAAGGAUUGACCCAAUUGAC